GUCCCAUCCAUUCUUGCAUUUCUCCCUUCCUAAGUGAGUAAAGAAAGCCAUCAUGAUACAAAUCAAAACUCAGAACAAAUGCAAUUUCAAUUCCAUGGAUGAAGGAGAUGUUGAGCUCAGAAGAGGGCCAUGGAGUCCCGAGGAAGACAAUCUUCUCACGCAGUACAUAUCUUGUCACGGCGAAGGCCACUGGAAUUGGUUGGCCAAACGUGUCGGGUUGAUGAGAACCGGGAGAAGUUGUAGAUUAAGAUGGUUGAAUUACUUAAAACCUAAUAUUAAACGAGGAAAUCUUACCAUUGAAGAGCAGCUCUUGAUUCUUGAACUUCAUUCCUUGUGGGGUAACAGAUGGUCAAAGAUUGCACAACAUUUGCCAGGACGAACCGAUAAUGAGAUCAAAAAUUAUUGGAGAACACGAGUGCAAAAAUAUGUCCGCCAACCUAAAAUCAAGUUCGAUGGCCAAAAGUCUCUAGAAAAAAAUACAAGUGGUUCUAUUCCUAAGUUGAAGAAGAUGGAACAAUCGUCAACGUCAACAUCUUGUUCGUCUCAUCCAUCACCACAAUCUUCGUCCUUUUCUUUGGUAACUUCUUCAAACAUGAACUCAGAAAAAAUUAUAUAUUCAACCAAACACAUCGUAGAAGACUUUGUAACCGGUAAAAGCCCGAUGUCGUCCGAAUUUCAUAUGAUUGAAUCUUGUUAUAACAAUAAUGUUACUUUAAAUGACAAUUUAUAUGAAAACAUUAGUACUAGCAACUGCCUCGACCCAAUCAACAUGUUCGGUUAUCACAACCAUCUUUCGAACCCGAAUGAUCAGAUGGCAUAUCCUAAUUGGAUGGGUGAUGACAUCAUUGGCAUGACCGGUGAUGCGUUAUGGUGCAUAGACAAAUUGUGGUAA